CUUGUGGGCUAGCUUCGUAGUCUUAGGUUUCUUAUUUGGAGAAAGCCGACUGCAAGCCUAUUAAAACUUGGGGUUAAAAACCUUGGUGCUAAAAUCAAAGGGAGAGGGAGAUUUGAAGUAAGUUUUGCUAAUAAAUUGAUGAUGGAGGAGUUAAGUGAAGGAGUGAACAAUAUGAACAUUAGCGGAGGAGACCUUCAGAAGAAGAAUCGUAUUCAGGUUUCUAACACCAAGAAACCCUUGUUCUUCUACGUCAAUCUUGCCAAGAGGUAUAUGCAGCAGUACAAUGACGUGGAACUUUCUGCUCUUGGGAUGGCUAUUGCCACAGUUGUCUCAAUUGCUGAAAUUCUGAAGAGCAAUGGGUUUGCUGUGGAGAAGAAGAUUAUGACAUCAACUGUUGAUGUUAAGGAUGGCUCCAGAGGGCGCCCCGUCUCCAAAGCCAAAAUUGAGGUAUUGCUGGGAAAGAGUGAAAAAUUCGAUGACUUGAUGGCGGCUGCGGCAGAGAGGGAACUUGGAGAUGGUGAGGAGCAGAGUUAAGAGCAAGCUCCUUUUUUCCUAUUAAUUUGUUACGUCUUUAAUUUGUUUUUUAUUCAAACAAACGAACAUCUGUAGUGAGCGUGAUUACCUAGAAAAGUUGUUUGUUUGAAUUGUUAGGAGUAUACCCUAUCUGGUAAGAUGAAGUGAAGUUUUGUUGCUUGACAACUUUGGCCUUUUUGGUGAAUAUAUAUGGCUUGAUGAUAAUAUGCUGAAAGUUGAAGCAGUGAA